ACCCCCCAGUCUCAACUCCUCCAUACAAACAUACACGAGCGGUGCCUUGUUUUGGUCUGUUACGGCUUGGCAAAAAAAGAAAACUCAGCGACUUUUGGAGGAACUUAUGCAGCGCUUCAAACGGACUCGACAGCGCUUUGAUCUCCGGGGUAAAUGGGGUCGUGCGCUGCUGACUGGGCUUGUUUUGAUAAUGCAUUCGGAUCUCCAGACUGAAAAGGACACUGUUUUGUAAUUUUUACUGUUUUGUAUUUUUCACAUCAUAAACUUGGUGCUUUCCGGUACUUGCAAUAUUUUUGAGGAUGUCCGAUGGAUUAUUUAAACUUCGUUGUAACAAUGUAAUGCUGCUGAAAAAAAAUCCAAGUGCACUACGGUAUCGAUGAACUCUUAUAAUUCAAGCUCUUGACGGAGCGCACAAAAGUGACUGGUUUAAGUGCUAUUUUUCUAUUUUUACUCAAUGGAACCAUUUUUAUCUCAGCGCUCACGUUUGGCGGAGAGUACAUGCAUAACGCUUUGAUUUUCAAUCCUGCAAUUUUUCUAUAAAUUAUUAUUAUACUUUUUACCAUGGCAAGCCCGACCACAGAGCAAGGAUGUUUUUCCGACGUGAAAAAGGUGGGUUAUUUAAGGAAACCCAAAAGCAUGCACAAAAGGUUUUUUGUACUGAGGGCGGCGAGCGCCUCCGGACCGUCCCGAUUGGAGUACUACGAAAACGAGAAGAAGUGGAGACACAAGUCUGGAGCGCCCAAAAGGUCCAUUCCGCUAGAGAGCUGCUUUAAUAUCAACAAAAGAGCGGAUUCUAAAAACAAACAUCUCGUCGCGCUUUAUACCAAGGAUGAGUACUUCGCCAUCGCUGCUGACAGUGAGAUAGAGCAGGAGUCAUGGUAUCAAGCCCUGGUUGAUCUCCAUAACAGAGGUAAGGUCCACGAAACUGCCGCGGGCCGCGGGGUUGGCGAGGAUAAUUACGGCGAGGCCACGCCGGGACCUGCCUUCAAAGAGGUUUGGCAGGUUAUUUUGAAACCAAAGGGUCUGGGUCACACAAAGAACUUGAUUGGCGUUUACAGAUUAUGCCUCACCAAUAAGACUAUCAGUUUUGUGAAACUCAAUUCUGAUGCGGCCGCCGUGGUCCUGCAGUUAAUGAACAUUAGGAGAUGUGGUCACUCUGAAAAUUUCUUCUUCAUUGAAGUCGGGAGAUCUGCCGUGACCGGGCCUGGGGAGUUUUGGAUGCAGGUGGAUGACUCGGUUGUGGCUCAGAACAUGCAUGAAACUAUAUUAGAAGCCAUGAAAGCCAUGAGUGAGGAGUUCAGACCCCGCAGCAAAAGUCAGUCAUCUUCCAACUGCUCAAACCCCAUCUCCGUGCCUGUCAGGAGGCAUCAUCACAACAAUCCUCCACCCAGUCAAGUUGGCCUAGGCAGGCGUUCUCGGGCUGAGAGUGUGACGGCCACUUCUCCUGUUAGACCUGGCAAACACAGCCAUUCGUUCAGAGUAAGAGCGUCCAGCGAUGGGGAGGGCACCAUGUCCAGACCGGCGUCUGUGGAUGGGAGCCCAAGCAGUCCGAGCACAGCUCGACCUCAAUCGCAACGACAACGAGGCGGAUCCAGACUUCACCCGCCACUCAAUCACAGCAGAUCAAUCCCAACACCCACCUCACGGUGCUCCCCCUCAGCCAUCAGCCCCGUCAGCCUGUCUUCCAGCAGCACCAGCGGCCACGGAUCCACAUCCGACUGCCUUUUUCCACGCCGCUCUAGCGCCUCCAUAUCUGGGUCGCCCAGUGACGGCGGAUUCAUCUCCUCGGAUGAAUACGGAUCCAGCCCCUGCGACUUUCGAAGCUCCUUCCGUAGCGUGACUCCUGACUCGCUUGGCCACACGCCGCCUGCAAGGGAGGAGGAGAUAAACAACUACAUCUGCAUGGCCAAGCCUGGUUCACUCCAAUCGCGAAGGGGAACGCCAUCGAGACUGGAAGAGCCCGAGCUGGAGAAAUGUUUCCGGAAGCGAACGCAUUCUUCUGGUGCUUCGCCGCCAACUCCGUGCCAUCAAAAGACUCCCUCGCAAUCUUCCGCUAAUUCGCUGGAGGAGUAUACUGUGAUGAUGCCCACAUACCCACGAAGCCGCUCCGCAUCGUCAUCGUCGUCAACAUACAGGCACUCCUUCAUGCCUACGCAUUCGUACCCAGAGGAAGGUGUCGAUGCUACGCAAGCUAAAGACCACAGUAGACCCGAUCACAAAGAUGACGGGUACAUGCCCAUGCUGCCAGGCGUUGCACCUGCAACGCCAACAGUGAAGAGCGGUGACUACAUGCCCAUGAGUCCAAAAAGUGUAUCAGCACCACAACAAAUUAUCAACCCCAGGCAACACUCGCAUGUCGACUCCAAUGGUUACAUGAUGAUGUCACCAAGUGGCAGCUGCUCUCCAGAUGGCACAACAAACUAUGGCAAGAUCUGGACUAAUGGCGUCAACCCUAAGCUCUCCGUGGAGAGCAUGGAGGGGAAAGUGUCAUCUUGUGGAGACUACAUAAACAUGUCCCCAGCUAGUUGUUCAACAACCAGUACACCUCCAGACUGCUUUUUCAACCCUGUUGAAGAUCCUCCCAGGCCAAUGUAUGCUUACUUCUCCUUGCCGCGCUCCUUCAAACACGCUAACAGGAAGCAAGACCAAAGCCCUCUUCGGAUAUCACUGGGCUCGAGUCGAUUGGCGUACACAGACUCUUCCUCGUCUUCGACGAGCAGCGACAGCUUGGGUGGUCAAGGCAACUCACAGCAGUCUGCUGUCAAACCCAAAAGGUCAGAGGGCAACGGGAGGCUGACGCGUCCGACGCGCCUCUCACUGGACGCUAGCAAAGCAAGUACUCUUCCACGAACACGUGAGAGUCCCUUUCCCACAGAACCCAAAAGUCCUGGCGAGUAUGUCAACAUUGAAUUCAACGACAAAGCGUUUUCAGCAAGCUUAGCGUCGCUGUUUCCACCUGUGUUUUCCGGAAGUGAUGCUGAGGCCCCGUCAGACCUUUCAUCUUCUGAGUACAUGAACAUGCAGCUGGGGUCACAGGCUGGGCGGUUAUGCCCAGAAAUGCAAAAUUCCACUUCCUGUUCCGACUACGCCAUAAUCACUCCGUCAAACUCUGUAUCCUCACCUCCGCUGCCCUGUGAGAGCAUAUGUGACCGUGACUACAUCAGCAUGCAGUUAGCAUCCUGCACUAGCUUUCCUGAUACUCAGAUGAUGCUGAUGGCCGAGGCUUUGCCUGAUGCAGAUGCUCCUCCUUGUUCUGUAUCACCCAAUCACGACGUGACCGCGUUAAGCAGUGCACCUGGAAGAUCGGCUCUGAUCAGCCCCUUGUCAGGUCUUAGUGCGUUCACACGGGUCAACUCCACUUCCGGGCGGAACCAGGGGGCUAAAGUGAUCCGGGCUGACCCACAGGGUCGACGGCGACACAGUUCAGAAACGUUUGCUUCAACAACGACCAGAGGGUCGGUUGACACAGCAGCCACCUGUCAAUCAGGAGAAGUGAAGCGCCACAGCUCCGCCUCUUUCGAGAACGUGUGGUUGAGACCCGGCGAGGCCUCUGCUGCUUCUACCGCUCCACCUGCAUCUACAGUAACUAGCGGACGAAGGGAAAACGCUUCGAGCUCAAUUCCCACAUUAAUGAACCAUGACCAGAACGGCCUGAACUACAUCGAUCUGGAUCUAGUGCAGAAUGGAGAGCAGCAUGUUCCUGAUUGGAAUGCGUUCCAAUCUCGGCCAGUGGAGCUGGGAGCCGUAGAAGGUAUAGAAGAGCUCAGUGCCUACGCCAGUAUAAACUUCAAGAAAUCAGACGAGACCAGAGGGAAUCUCACAAGCAGAGAAGAAUGAAGAGUAGAAAGCCGCCGCUCCUUCAAGUACCGAGACUCAAAAUCUCUUCCCCCGUUCACCACAAGCCGGACCUCAGAAAACUGGACCUCAGUAAACUCACUAACCUCAUUUUCCAGAACCACAUUAUCACCCGGACGCUACCAAAAGCAUAUGGACAAAACAGACCUCGUAGCAUCACAUAUCCGGACCUCACAAAUGCUGGAUUCCACUAACCAUAAAUCUUCGGCAACCGGACUUUCACUGUGCGCACCUCUUCAGACAUUACCAGACUUACUGUCCAACUGUUACAGACUCGGUACAAGACCAUCAAACGUGGUAAACGGCACCUUUUGAGGUACUGCAGUAGCAAGCAAUGUUACGUUAAUAAUAUUUAUGUAAGUAACGGUACUUCACUAGUACCUGACGUACGACAAUUUCUUUGGUACAGGGAUGCUUUGCGAAGCAGCCAUAUUGUGUUGGGUUUGUACGACAGUCCCCAACAGUGUUGAUUGUACAAGUACUGCCACACAUUUCCAUUACAUAUUGGAUUACGUGUUACGAUACAGCUCUCAAUUAGACACUUUUAUACACCCAGUACGAACAACCUCAAACACCCCGACUUCACCUCAGGAUUUUUUGCGAGAGUUUACACACACACUGUGUUUCAGCACUGUGAGCCAUGACUGACCUCAUGCUGCCAAACACACACUGUGAUGUCUGUCAAACCCGUGUUUUAUUUCAUACUCGGUAACAUUAUAUCCCGUGUAAUUGUAAUAAUAAGCACGGAUCUUGUGGAGUUCAUAUUGGCAUCCAAACAGAACUCCACCCCAUUUUAUUUUAAUAAUUUUUUUUUUUUUUUUUUUUUUUUUUUUUUUUUUAAUCUUGGUACUAUAUUUUUUAAAUAUUUUAAAAAUAUUUUUAGAACCAAUCCAAAAAUUUUUUUUUUUUUUUAUGAUAUAUGCACAGGUUUGGUUACUGUAAAUCAAAUUUUUCAUUAUUACCUGAUUACCUGAUGAACAAUAGAGAUGAAAUUUUGUGAUUGAUUGAAGGGUGGAUAUUUUUUUUCAUUAUUAUUACUAUUAUUAUUAUCGUCACAAAUGAAUAGAGGCCUUACAGCCCUAUUUGGGCUCAAUAAAGAGCUUAUUCAAGCUCAUUCAUGGGUGUGUAAAUCCCAUGACCGAACUAACGUUUCUGAUCAGACUGUACCACCAGUUGUUGGUCAAACUGAACAAAAACUCGCACGAGGAUGUGCCGUAACAGUUCAGUAUGAUAUGUGUGAGUGCGAGAGUUGAUUUUACAGGCAGCAGUACUGGUUUUUUCAUUUCGAGCAUCCUGCUGUUAAGCCUUGGAAGCCAGUCAAAGUUGCUCGCAACUUUUUUAGGCUGUUUUAUUUCGUUACAGUUGUAUCUUUUAUUUCAUAUGGUUUAUUUUUGCUUAAAAUAACUCUUGCUGGAGCAAUGGUAAGCUCACGGCAACAGGUUUAAAAAAAAAAAAAAAAACUCAAUGUCUCAUGUUUGCUGCUGAAAUGAAACAAACAAUGAACAAUCUGUAAAUUAUUGAAUAUUUAGAAAUGUUCUUGGUUCUCUUUUAAGAGUUAAACAUUUAUUUAACAUUCAUGGUUGGUGUUUCAGUACAAUUGUUUUGCCUUUAGAAUCUCGACGUGUAUUUUUCAAAUGCGUCCACUGUUCUUAAGUUCAAUCUUUUUGUGGGGAAUAUUUGCUUUUAUAGUAAAAUAUGUAAUCCAAGCUUUUUGAGAGAAUGGUACUAUAGAGUAAAUCCUUAAUUUUUUUAAAAGAUGCUUAUUAAUGUAACACGCACAUCAGGGACUUCCCUUUCCCCCUCACGAACUCCGGAUGGAAUCGCUUUUGGAAACCUGUUACGCUCACGUUUCCCCGAGCUCUGAUUGGCUGUGACAGUGGUGUUCCUGUAACCUGAUAGGCCGUUCUAAAGGUUGCCUGUCAUUCGAUAGGUUGCAGUUGUCGAUUUAGCACCCUGCGGUUGUGUUGUGAUACAAGGUGUGGGGCAUCACUCUUCCCAACAUUAUGUGGCCAAAACUUUAACAUCUCAACCAAACUUGUUCUCCUUUGUAAAUAAUGUAUAAUGUUGAUUGGUGGAUAUUGGACUGACCAGGGAUGUUUGGUUUUAUGGAUGCUCAAAGCAAGCAGAUGAUUGGUCCUCUUGAAUGAAUGAACGAAUUGAAACAUGUAAACAAUAUGAGUGUAUGUACAGAUGAAUGGAUGUAUGCACAUGUAAACAAAUAUGUUUGUUUUCAACAAAUGAAAUGACCAGCAGUAAGGAGAGGGCUGUGUAAACCCCUCCCCGCCCCCCCUAUUUAGAAGAAUGGUAUCUUCUGGAACCUUGACGUGUAAUAAAGUAGAAGCGCUUAUCUUUUCUGAA